ACUUCACUUGCCUUGAUGCAAGAAGUUAAUCUUAUGCUGCUUUCAUUUACUUCAGUGUCUGAAUUUUGGGCGUGUUUCCUGAAAAAUGGUGUCAUUUUCCCAAGAGAACUGAGUGUGGAAUUGAAUUCCAAAACAUGCCUUUUUAUGAUCUGUCAAGGUGGAGGCACUAUCUCUUUUCCAUUAGAACAUCAAGCACAACUGCAGAAGAGGAAAAUGAAGGCACCACUAAGAAAAUGCAGCCAUUUCUCAAGAUUCCCCUGUACCUUCCAGCCCUGUUGCCAACUUUCCCUUUUUUUUCCAGUCCGUUCUUUCAGCCUCUGUCCCGUCAUCCUCUCCUCCUUCCAUCUUUUCCAGCUGCCCCCUUCUGUAACAUCUCACCCUUCCCAAAAGGGACUCGGCUCCGGAGGGAAGCAGCAGCUCUGGGUCCACUCGACACCUUGCUAGGAGGCCUCUUGAUAGAGCUGGCCUCACACAGCUGCAUCUCCUUGGAGACCCUCAGAUGCCCUCAGUGUAAAGCAGCAACAUUUGGGAAACCCGGGACUCCCCCCAAACAACCCAGUGAUCCCAUGGGAUCAGAACGGAUGGAGAUGCGGAAGCGGCAGUCAUCUGCGGCCCAGGAGACACCGAGCUCCACACAGGCACAGCCUGUUGAAGGAAACCGAGGUUCCAAUGCCUGCUGCUUCUGUUGGUGCUGCUGUUGCAGCUGCUCUUGUCUUACCGUUAGGAAUCAAGAUGAGAGAACAAGAGCAGCAUCACAUGAACUUAGAACAGAUGCCAUUCCAAGUUGCGAAGAAAGCUCAACACCUACUCUGGAAGAUGUUAAUGACUGGGGCCAAUCAUUUGACAAGUUAAUGAGGACACCAGCAGGAAGAAAUGCUUUCAGGGAGUUCCUCCGAACAGAAUUCAGUGAAGAAAAUAUGCUUUUCUGGAUGGCCUGUGAGGAACUAAAGCGAGAAUCCAACAAAAAAAGAAUUGAAGAGAAAGCAAGGCUAAUAUAUGAAGACUAUAUUUCUAUCCUUUCUCCAAGAGAGGUCAGCUUAGACUCCAGAGUAAGAGAAGUUAUCAACCGGAAUAUGCUGGAACCAUCAAAACAUACUUUUGAUGAUGCUCAACUCCAGAUUUACACUUUAAUGCACAGAGACUCCUACCCGCGGUUUAUGAACUCUGCUGUUUAUAAGGACUUGGUUCAGUCAGUCUCUGAGACGUCUGCUGAAGCAUAGAAAUUAAUGUACUUUACACACACACGAUACUCUGGAC